GUCACAUAAAACCGUCAUCGGCAUAUCCCUCGAUACCCACCGUUGUUUACCUCCCCUGACAUCUGGGAUACAAGCUUCACAGGACUGAUAACCUCUUCGUGCGUUCCGCAAACACUAAUCAACCCCCUCCAAACCCCUUCAAGAAGUAAGCACGUCGUCGGUCAUUGCGGUUGCGCGGUGGCAUACCAAGCUCAUUAUACCGUUGUAUCGUCGACACAGGCCAACCAACCAUGUCAGGCCGGUCCCUCCGAUCUCAAACUAAAGGAAAUCCGCUUGGUGUCAUCAUGGAGAGACUCGGCAACCCAAAAACGGCACAUAGAGCAAGGGCUAUGCGAGUAGUCACUUCGUUAUUGUCGUCGACCCCUUCCGACGUCGACUUCAGCGGCCAGCUUGAGACGAUGGCGUUCGACGAGCGUAUGAGCCAGGUCGAAAAUUGGAUCGCCUUGAUCAAGGGAAUCCAAUCCUCGACGCCUUCGAUCCAGGCGAUCGAAUCCUCGACUUCGACUCCAACAAAUGCCUUUACGGAACGCGAGACAGCCAUCGUUACCCUCUUCAACAAGGUCCUAGACCUGCUCGCAGCCGCCCGUAACCACAUGUCCAAGGAGGUUUUGGUUUUGGCACCGGUGGCACCAGAUUUCGAGACUUUGGCAGCUUUGGAGGUGUUUGCUGCGGUCCUCGGGUCCGAGUUGGUCGCCACAGCCAAUCAAUUGGCAGCGACUGGAACCUUCCCCAUUCGAGCGGAAAGUUCAGGGGAUCGUUACUCUCUUGAGACGUUCAAGGCUUUGGUUCGAUGGGCGAAGUUCCAAGACCGUCCUCCUAAUCUGACAUCAAUGUCAACUGUCGCGCCACAGCAGCUACACCUCUAUAUCGACACAGUCAUAAGAAGACGACCAGAUAACACCGAUUCGAAGGUAGCGGCCACCCUCCGCGAUGUAUCCGAGUCCCUCUACACCGCAUGCUUCAAGCGAUACGCACUCGCCUCAGGGUUGACCGUGCUCGCGGCGCAGCGUCUACUCAGCCGCAUCAUACAGGGAGAGGGCGUCGACGACUGCGCGCAGGACAGUCUCGAAACCCUAUUCGUCGCCGGAGCGGCAGCGAGCAAGUCAUCAUCGAAGACUGCCCGUUGGACCUUGCUCCCGGUCGAAACGCCGGGCUCCAAAGAGGAGCUCGACUUUCCUUCUCGCGCGGCUCACGAGCAGCGGGAAGCGAAUACCGCCCAGAAGGGCAAGGUCGGUUACGAGGUGGAAGACGCUCGGGGUGGGUAUUCGAUAUUUCUACGCACUACUGGCGGGCCGGUCGAUAUUCGUCACGACCAGCGGGCCGGUCAAUCGGAUCAAUACCCCCAGAUCCUCUCCGCCCAUGCUAUCGACCAUGCCGCACAGCUCUGGCUUGAGGAUCUCUGCAGAACGACCGGGGUCGUCAGCAGGACAAUCGGUCUGGGUACUUCGCAAGACGAAAUCGAAGCUCUUAGAAGCUGGUUAGCCGCGACGAGAAAGGUACCUGUCGCGGCUACCCAUCAAACCUUGACUGCGGAUGUGAAUCGUGCAUCCAGUCCCAGUCCGUCGAGUCUGACCAGCUCGGCGGACAGUUGCGCUGACCGAUACCGAACGGAAAGUCCUGAUGGGUCGUCAUCGCUUACCUCCUUGGGUAGUAGCUUGGCUGACCUCAGCGAGGCCGAAGAGUACGCCAACCGUGGCACGUCGGACAUUAGUCAGACACCCGAACACACUCCACGCGGCGCUGUACACGAGAAGCUUGUCUCCCAUCCUGUCGUCAAGCCUGUUACGGGCCAAGUUUCAGAUGGGGAUCGCGAUCUUGAUACCGCAUAUGUUGCAAAGAGUGUCGACGAUAUUCGCCGCGAGUGGAACUUGGGAAAGCAGCCCGACCUGAGCGACGAGGAUGUGAGGCAGUAUCUGAUCGGGAAAACGGGUGACAUCGCCGCAGACGGAAUCCAUGGGUUGAUCGACGGGUUGGCACAGGGGAUCUGCACGUCGCGGGACCCCCCUAUCCAUCCUCAGCGAAUUCGUGCUGGUCUGUCCACGAUCAGAGGACCGUUCAACCUCGAUGAAUGCAUCACGCUCGAUGUCAGGCGACUUGUCAAGUACCUCUACGCCCACAUCUGUCUCGAUACCCAAGGAGUGGAGGCCGCACUGCCCGACGAAGUCGGAGAUCCUGUUGUCCCACUCUCUUCUCACACCGAAAGCGCGCGCAUUGCCUAUGACCUGCGUCGGUAUUUGUACCGGAUUCAAGUGCAUAUCGUCUCGCACAGUCACCCGCACCUCGCGGGUGACAUCGGCUGGACGUUUGAGCCUAUCGGCGAAACCGACCUGGUAGUACGCGGUACCAGCCCGAGCGCGAACUCACCCUUGGCCUUCCGGUUUCUGAUGGAUCACGAGGCAUUUGUCGACAUCGAUGCUGCACCGCGGAUGCCGACAACCGAGAGAGGUUGGAAGGAAAAGAUGGUGGUUGGUCUCGCCGAGCUGUCGGACUUAGGCUGUCAUACGUCAUUGAUGAAGGCGUAUAAGGCUCAGAUCCGGUCGUUGGGUAGCGAUCCGGAGAGCCUGCCCGACUGGAAUUUCAUAGCGGACCCGAAAGCCGUCCGUUAUCGGAUGUCGUCGUAUAGCAAACGUAUAGACGGCACUGCAAAAAUAUAUCGGGGAGAAGGAGAAAUGACGCUGGUCAUUAAGGAGGAAGAGACUCCCUACCGAUUCCUUGGGAUCGUGCUGGACAGUCUGUUCGGGCGGCAACACCCCGUUGAAUACAUACAGAGUGUCGAGAAACCGCAGGUCCAGGACAACGGGCGAGUCUACCAGGUUCAGGAUGGUACCGCCUUGUAUCACAUUUCGUUGAAUGUGUAGCGCGAUCUUUAGACGUCAAUUUUACUAUCCGUGUACUAGCUUCUUUCGCCUAUGUGACACUCGCGGCGCCGUCGAUAUUGUUGUGAAUUGUAUAAAUUGUGGAGCUUAGACUCCCAGAGAAA